UAACCCCGUGGUUCCCGUGCAGCACGACAUAGAGCUGAUCGACCCUCGGGGCCGGACGCCCCUGGAGCUGGCCGUGUGCCUGGGCAACCUGGAGUGCGCCCGGGUGCUGCUGCGGCACAACGCCAACGUCGGCAGGGAGAAUGCCAGUGGCUGGACAGUCCUGCAGGAGGCCGUCAGCACCGGAGACCCCGAGAUGGUGCAGCUGGUGCUCCAGUACCGCGACUACCAACGUGCUACCAACCGCCUGGCUGGCAUCCCUGAGCUGCUCAACAAACUGCGCAGGGCUCCUGAUUUCUACGUGGAGAUGAAGUGGGAGUUCACCAGCUGGGGUGAGUCCCGGUGGGAUGUGUGGAGGGAAGGGGUCUGUCUAGCACCUGUGAGGUCGGAAGUGAGGAACACAGUCUCUGACCGGAGUCAUUCCUGCCUUGGCAGGAACAAGUCUGGGAUCUGGGGCUGGCGCUCGGAGAAGAUGGAGGUGAUCAGCGGCUAUGAAGCCAAGGUUUACAGCGCUAGCAACGUGGAGCUCGUCACCAAAACGAGAACCGAGCACCUGUCGGACCAGGACAAGUCCCGCACCAAAGGUAACAUGCCAGCCCCGCACAACCAAGCCCCCGUGCUGCAGUCUGCAACCCCCACCAACCCCACAGCCAUCACCCCCGAGGAGUACUUCGACCCCAGCUUCAACCUGGAGGCCCGCAACAUUGGCCGCCCCAUCGAGCUGUCCAACAAGGUGCAGAGGUUCAAGGCCACGCUGUGGCUGUGCGAGGAUCACCCCCUGUCGCUGGUGGAGCAGGUGACACCCAUCAUCGACCUCAUGGCCAUCAGCAACGCCCACUUUGCCAAGCUGCGCGAUUUCAUCACCCUCAAGCUGCCACCCGGCUUCCCUGUCAAAAUCGAGAUCCCUCUCUUCCACGUGCUCAAUGCACGGAUCACCUUCAGCAACCUGUGCGGCUGUGACGAGCCACUCGGCUCCGUGCAGAUCUGCGGCCGCAGCUCCUCCCCAGUGGACACCGGAGAGCUGGCUGUGGGGGCAGAGGCACCCACCAACCCCAAAGUGUUCCCGUUCCCCUGCGAGGUGGACCCGGUGGUGUUCGAGGUGCCCCAGGGCUAUGCGAUGCUGGGCGCUGGGCGCAACGAACCCAUGCGGGACGAGGACGACGACCUGCUGCAGUUUGCCAUCCAGCAGAGCCUGUUAGACGCCGGCACCGAGACUGAUCAGGUCACUAUCUGGGAGGCGCUGACCAACACGCGCCCAGGCUCCAACCCCCCUUCCUAUGACGAGGAGCUGCAGCUGGAGCGAGCCAUCCAGGAGAGCAUGUUCCUGCAGUCGGGGCAGGGCCUAGCCACAACCGAGUCUGGCAGCGGAGGUGACACUGACAGCAGCAUCAUCCCCCCGGAAGGCAGCCCGGCCCCUAGCACCAAUGGCUCUUCCUCCUCGGCCCUGCCCCCGCCGGCCUACCCCAGCUUCGACGAGCAGCUGCGCCUGGCCAUGGAGCUGUCCUCACGAGAACAGGAGGAGCAGGAGCGCCGGCGGCGCGAAGAGGAUGAGGAGCUGCAGCGCAUCCUCCAGCUCUCCCUGACGGAGAAGUAAUGCCCCAGCCUGUGAGCAGGGGGCCCUGAACCCAACCUCCUUCAAGACUCCUGGGGCUCCCCAAUGCCCUGGCUUUUCUGUCGUUGUAUUUCUAACCUUGAGGGAGUCACCUGUCCCAUUCCCCACCCCCUGUCCUGAGGAGGAGCAGAACCGGACUGGACGAGACAUCCUGUGCCUUUCCCGGGGCUCUCGGUCUCGCCGCCUCCUGGGUCUUAUUUAAGUUAACUCUUUUUUAUGGUUAUUCUAUCCCCCCUGCCCAGUGGAGGAAAGUGUUUGCACCACUAGGAGGGAACAGAGGAGAGGAGGACCGACAAAGCGGCAAACCCUAAGGAGAACCCUCUGCUAGAGAGAGAGAGCAGUUUCCAACUGGACUCUUUAAUUCGCGUUGGUGGAGGGAGUGGGAUUCUGAAACUGGGCAUAAAGAUAUACAUCCACAUGCACGCGUAUGCUGACUGUAUCCUGUCAGACCCACGUGGGCGGUAGGGGUGAGGGCAGUGAAGGUGGUGGGAUUAGAGGUGAUGGGGGUCAGAACCUGAUGGCUGGGAUGCGGACGUUGCAUUAGUGGGAUGUAGCACUCAGAGGCAGGCCUGUGAUCUCGCCUCCCGAGCCCUGUGUGCGUAGCUGCCGCGCCCUCUCCUGCCUGUUUAAUUUAUUUUAUUUAUAUCUCUGCAGCUCUAGAAUGGGGAGCGGGAAGGGUGGGGGGUUGGGUUUGUUUUUUUUAAACUCCAAAGGUUGGAAAGGGAAUGGCUGCGUUGAGCGGCUCCUCCUGGCACCCACAGGGGCUAGGUGUGGGACUCUGGGCAGCAGGAACCAUGAAAUAAAAAGAAGAAACCAACCAA